AUGGUGUUGUCUCGGAGUCUCACUCAGCAAGAGUCUGAUGAUGACGAGGAAGAGAAGGAGAGAAAUGAAGAGGAUGAGGAGAGAAAUGAAGCAGGAGAGAAGAGCCAUGGCGUGAAACCGGUUGGUGAGCCGGUUAAAGUUACGGGUAAAGGCAAAGAGAGAAUAAUCCAUUACAGGCAGUUCGAGUAUGGCGUAACAGAUACCAUCUGGAGGAUUCAGUGCUCUUGA